AUGGACUCGCAACUGGUACCGAAAAGCCCGCGUUUAGAGACUCUCUUCGUUCUUCAAAGCCUAAAAGACUAUUUGUUGAUGGACUCCAAUAAAGAUUGGGGCAGUUUUACUGAAUGGUGUCGAAAAGUUUUUUCGCUUUGGCAUUCCACUGUAAUUCAAUCUCCUUUGAAUCAACUAAACUUAUCCGACCCCCUUCCAAGAGAGGAAAUUUCGAAAUCAGAGAUAAUUUCUAUCGUCUCAACUAUCACUCGAUCAAGCAAUGACGAUUUUCCAACUCUCGAUACGAUCACAUCCUGUCUUCUUCUGCUUAGAGAUGAAAAAAUGUCUUUGGCCAAGCAACGUGUAUUCGCUAUCCAUCCUUCUGAACUAGAUGAGCCUGAGGCUGAAGCCAUCGGAUACACAUUGGAUCGGCCUCCCAGUACCAAAUACUUUGAUAUUUUAGGGGCUGUCAACCCAGGCGAUCCUUUUAUUGAUGUCGAGGGCGAGGACAAAAAUAUGCUUGUUGAGGAAAAUCUGAUUUUGUCUCUGGAUGUAGAUGAAAGGCCAUGCAUUGAAAUGAAGGAGGAGCUUGCUGAAGAUCCAGUUAAACCAGAAUAUGUCUCCGAGGAUGUAUCUACACAUUCCCUUACAUGUGCAAGUCCCGAAGAAAUCUCUGAAUUCGAGCCUUUCCCGGAAAACCACGAAUGGAGAAGAAAAAUGUUAACAGUGCUUCGUGAGAUUUCUCUCCACAAAAAAGGAUACAUCUUCACAAGGGUAGUUAGAGACUCAGAUGCUCCCGGAUAUUCUGAAAUCGUCAAAAGACCUGUUUCUCUUGGCAGUAUAAAACUUGGCAUUAGAGACCGCAAACUCUGCUCCACGCCUCAAGUGCACAAGGAGCUCUUGUUGAUGAUAUUGAAUGCCUUAUCAUACAACUCACCUGAAAGCUCCGUGCAUCAAUCUGCGCUUGAGGUUCUUUCAUUGAUAGACAUGCUAUUUGCCAAACUUUACAGAGAAGAGAACAUUCCAAUUAAAGCAGAGGGACUGGUGAGGUUUCCAAAAGAAGAUUUGUUUAGUGAUGAGCAAUCUGAACUUUUCAAAAAGAAAGAAAAAACAUUACCGCAAGAUCCACAGGACACAAGCAGAAGAUCUAUGAUCGUCAAAGAAGACGAUCAAAAAACUCGCCCGCUUGAGAAUUCAAGCCGCUCAUCAAGCAAUCACAAGCCAUCCCUCUCGAGGCGAUCUAAGCCUCUUUCUUUUAAGCAACUGGAACUUUCCUUUUUGCACGAAUCUGUACCUUUAAAAGAGCCAGAUGUACCUUCUGGUAAACAGCAUGAUGUACAUGAUAAUGUUGCGAUAUCUGGUGGUUCUUCUGCUGAGAAAACGUCCAAUGUCAAAGCGAAGAGAUCUUCAACUCGGAUUUCUUCUCGAAGCUCUGUGGAGGAAGAGCCUUCUAGCAACAUAAUUGCUUCCACUGUGAAAAGUAAGAGGGAAACUCCAAAGGCUCCCCCGGUAGAUACCAAAAAACGAAAAAUUGCCCCCAAAAGCGAGAUCAACAUUCGCCAAACUCCCUCCUCGGGCACAAAAAAGAAACCCUGA